AUGGCACGACUCAACAUAGGCAGAUCACAGACCCUCAACGGCUCUCCACGGAAAGCAUGCUUGACUGCACAAGCUUCCCAAUCACCUGCAAGUCCCAUUGCUCAUGAUAUAGGCUUUGGCACUCGCUCCUCCAAAGGCUCAACACAAAAGCAGAAAAAGGAUUCAGGCGCCUUCUUCGACAUCUUUUCAGAUGAAGACCUGUCAAUUGAGAGUACUGGAACGCAGGGGGAUCAAAGCUCGCCAUCCACCUCCCCUGGGAAACAAAAGAAAACACGAACCCUUAAACUCGCCAGAACCAACUCGCUCCUCCUUCCUUUACAACAGAGACCACGCCAAAGACCCAUUGUCAAAUUGGAAACAGACGACUAUGAGAAGGAGAAUGAUCUCACGGAAUAUGGCACGGACACAAAUGCACCAACAAUGAGCCCUGCUCCACCACGAUCGCCGGUCAGACGAAACGUAGCCCGAACCCCAGCACGAACCCCCAAAAUUAGCACAACCACUAGGCCUUUCAGCCAUCUGAGUCCUGAAGCUGCAGAUGAAGACCUUGGCGACAAUAGCUUUGCCUCCUUAGAUGACUUUAUUGUCAGUGACAAUGAGGAGCUAAGCUAUCAUGAGACAUCCGACUCUGAGACAGAGGUGCAAAAGAAUCUAACACCAUCACCACCUCCCAAAUCCACUCGAAAGAGACUCAUGAGGGGACGACGACCUGCCUUCAACCUGAAUCAGAAUGUGGAUAGAAAUGCUUCCCCUUCUGAUUCAUUCCGUCUAGAGGUUAAGCUGCCUGAUUCAGUGAAGCUUCCUUCAAGCCCUCCGAUGAACCCCAAACACGCGAUUCAAGAUAGUCUUGAUCUUUCCAAACAAAUGGAAGAUCUGGAACUCAACGGCGACAAUGAGCCAACUUCCCAGGUGGAACCAGAUGCUACGCCGUCUAUCAUCGAGCUAGGCUCUUCUCCACCUUCAUUGAAACCAACAAGCAGAGGUCCUCAGACACCACCAUCUAGUCCAUCACGGAAGCGUCUCCUAGGAUCUCCAACAAAAUCCCGUAUCCCUCCAACACCUCAUCGUGAAAGCACGGAUGCUUUUUGGAGUCAGGAGUUAACCAACGACUGGGUGGACCAACAUUCACCGCGCAAAGGCCAAACUCCUGGUCGCUCUGUAUUCGAGUUGUUGCAGGACUUCGACGAUUCAGAGCACGAAGGCAGCAGCCAAGACACCACAAGCACGGAGUCUGACUCAAUGACCAGAGUCACCGCGAAGGAAGCAAAGACACCCAGCAAAACCGCACUCAAAAAGGCCGAGACGGAAGCCCGUAAAGCUGCCAAGGCCCGUCGACUUUCCUUCGACAACAAGAAAGCAGAAUUCGCUAAAACCUUCCUCCAUGUAUUAGACCAAGCCGUGGCGGGAGGUAAGGUCACCCAGCUGGCUGAAAAGACCGGUGGUGUGGAAAUUGUCUGGUCCAAAACCCUUCAGAAAACCGCUGGUCGAGCUCAGUGGCGUGGAAUUAAUACCAGGGAUUCAAAUGGUCGCCAGAUCCCAGGCUCAGUGGUCCAUCAUGCCAAGAUCGAGCUCGCUGAGCGGAUCAUCGACGAUGAGUACCGGCUGCUUAAUACCCUUGCCCAUGAAUACUGUCAUUUGGCAAACUACAUGGUGUCCAAUUGUCAUGACAACCCGCAUGGUGCUAGCUUCAAGCAAUGGGGAAAGAAAUGUGCUGAGGCGCUGAAGGAUCACCCCAUCUACGGCGGUCAGAUCAACGUUACAACGAAGCAUUCCUAUCAGAUUGAUUAUAAGUAUGUGUGGUCGUGCGUGAGCUGUGGUCAAACCUACGGUCGUCACUCGAAGAGUAUUGACCCAACUCGCGUUCGCUGCGGUGCUUGUAAGAACAAGAUUGAGCAGAUUAAGCCUAAGCCGCGGAAUUCGUCACCGAGGAAGAACACCGCUACACCAGCUUUCCAGAAGAAAAUUGUGGAUGAUGUGACACGAGAUUUUGGAAGAUUUGUCUUAUAA